AUGCCAGAUCAGCCUUUCACCGUUCUCAUCGCCGGCGGUGGCAUAGCCGGCCUGGCUCUCGCAAACAUGCUUGAGAAGAUUGGGGUCAAUUAUUUGAUCCUCGAAGGAUAUCACCAGAUGGCCCCUCAAGUGGGAGCCAGUAUCGGCAUCCUGCCAAACGGCAGCCGUAUUCUUGAUCAGAUUGGAAUUUACGACGAAAUCAGGAAGCUCAUCGAUGCCCCUCUUUUCGAGCACGGGUAUGAUACUAUUUUCGUGGACCGCCAAAUGAUUCUGAAAGCGUUGUGGCAAAACCUGAAGCACAAGGACAACAUCCUUGUUAGCAAGAAAGUUACCAAGGUCGAGCUCGAGCCCUCCCGAGUGAAAGUUGAGACGAGCGACGGGGGCUCUUACUACGGAGACAUCCUAGUUGGCGCAGAUGGUGUCCACAGCAAAGUCAGGAACGAGAUGUGGAGGCUUGCGGAUGCCAUGGAGCCUGGCUGGAUCCCUGCCUCCGAGCACACUCAGUGUCUGCCAACAGUUUACAAGUGCAUCUUCGGAAUAUCGGUUGACAAGAGCUGGGAGCCCCAGACCCUACAGACAAACUUGAACAAGGGCUACUCGUAUCUUGUCAUCAGCGGACCUCAAAAUCGCGUCUACUGGUUCCUUUUUGUCAAUAUGGGAAAGACAUACUAUGGCCCUGAGCCUCCUCGUUUCACAAAAGAAGACGAAAAGGCGCUAGUGAAGGAGCACAUGAAUGACCAGCUUAUGGAGGGUCGCACCUUCGGAGACUUGUAUUCAACCAAGAUCUCGUCGGUACUGACUGCCCUCCCCGAGUACGUCUUCAAGAAGUGGCAUUUUCAACGUAUCAUCACCAUUGGAGAUGCCGCCCACAAGUUCGAGCCAAUUUCCGGCCAGGGAGGCAAUAGCGCGAUCGAAACCGCCGCCGUCCUCGUUUCAAAUUUGGCAACCAUGCUGAAGAGCAAGACGGACUCGAUGCACAUCACCACGGCCGACAUCGACGGAAUUUUUGCCAAGACCCAAGCUAUGCGUGAGACGCGCGCCGAGGCACUUGUAAAGGCAUCCCACGAGGAGCAACGCUUUGCCGCCAUGGAGACAACUCUCCUGGGUCUGUUUGGGCGAUAUGUCACGCCAAUCACCUCGAUUGAUGAAAGGUUGCAACCGUGGUCCACCAACAUUGAAGGCGGUCACAAGAUCGACAUUUUGGAUGUCCCUCAGCGUCCACGCGCUAUUCCGUUCCUUGACGAGCUGGCCAGUCCUCCGUUGCCACCAUCUUACACCCCCAAGAUCGCGGUGGCAGCCUGCCUGUAUGCCUUGCUUUACUUUGCGCAGCAGGCGCUCGUUAUCAUCCCAGGAGUCAACCCGCAGCGCUUUCCGUUCCUGGGAGAAGAUGCGAAGACCACAUACACCGGAGUGGCAUCGAUCGACAACCUCCUUUCUGUGCUGGUGUGGGCUUUCUCGGAGCAAGUCGCGGGUCCCGAUCCCAACAAGAAGAUCCAGUGCCUUUACUUCUUGAUCAACUUGAUCCCUUUGAUUUACAUUUGGACUGUCGAGGGAUACCGCAACGGCAACCUCAAGUCGCUGGUUUCCAUACCCUCCAUCUUCGCUAUUUACCAACUCAUCGGUAUCGGAAAGGUCGCGCCCGCCUACUUCCUCCUCAGCGUGUAUACAACAAGCAGAAGCGUCUAUGCACGCACGACUGGCCGUCCGGUUCCAUCAAAUGUCGCCAAGGCCCUCCUGCCGGCAUUGUGUCUCGGAUAUGUCAUUCCCACCGCCCUCAUGUUCUUGCCCCACGAGGACAGUAUAACUCAGCAAAACGCCAUCGCCUUCUGGCAGCCUUCUCCUCUCUAUGUCUCUUUGCUUGUGUGGGCGGGAUCAAAGGCUCUGAGCGCUUUGAGUGCACCCAAGCCCUUAGAUUUGGAAAUCUUUGAGAAGAAGGACCUGCCGUAUCUCCAGUCUGGCUAUGCCUUCUGCUUCUUCGCCACUGCCAUCACUCACAUUUGCGUGUUCCUAUACACUGGUCUCAGCAGUUCCGCAUCCAUCUCACAGUCCUUUUUCAAUCUGCCCACGGUUGGAGCCGGUGAUGUCCUUGGGUUCUGGAAAUACGACAUGCUACUAUGCUUCGGCUCUGUGGCAGUGUGGCUAUUUUACAGUAUCUUUGAGCUCCGGAGACUUGGGUAUAUCACGACUUCCACGGCAUUCAAGGCUGCAGGAUCAACCAUAGCUUCUGGAGUACUUGUCGGCCCCGGUGCGACAUACGCAGCCGUCUGGGCCUGGAGGGAGUCUGUCAUUGCAAGCUAUACGACAAGCACAAUGUAA